AUGACAAAAUGGCACCAAGAUGAAGAAGAGAAAAUGGUUUCUUCCCUCUGCUGCAGACUGCCGAAUGGAAUGAGAAGAAAAAUGGGAGGGACCCAACAGAAUCACAUCCUCGGAGACGGCACUUCCUUCUGGAAUUUCUUCAACUCGUGGGCUGAAUUAUCACGCGGUUUUCAUCAACCUUCAACAACUCCCAUCCAUCAACGUUGGUUUCCAGGCAACACUCCCUGCCCGAUUCAUCUCCCUCCCAUGACCGAGCCUGGUGCAAGGCUUAGGCUAUCAUCCCCGCCAUUCCCGGAAAGGAUCCUCCAUCUAAGCAAACAAAACAUCGCUAAGCUCAAACAAAAACUCAACUCCCAAAUGGGAACAACAGCAAUCUCUUCCCUGCAGUCGUAUAUGGGUCAUCUCUGGCGUUCUAUCACUCGCGCGCGCAAUCUUGACGGAAAUGAAGACGUUCAUCUCUUUCUGGGUAUAGGUACGCGACCCAGGGUGCAUCUACCAGAAGGGUAUUGGGGAAACGGGUUGUACUUCAAGAAAGUAACGCUGAAAGCAGGGGAGGUGGUAGGGAAAGGAGUAGGGUGGGUUGCUUGCCAGAUUAAGGAAACAGUUGAAAAGCAGAGUGAGGAAGAAGUAAUGAAGCAGUAUAGUAAUUGGUUAAAGUCUCCGGCACUUGUUGGAGGGGAGUUAUUCUCGGUUAAUACCGUAACCAUAAGCAGCUCUCCGUGGUAUAACGUGUACGGCACCGAUUUCGGGUGGGGAAAACCAGUUCGGGUGAGGAGCGGAGGGGCCAAUAAGCUUGACGGAAAAGUCACACUUUUUGCUGGGUGUGAAGAAGGGAGUGUAGACAUAGAGCUCUCCAUUAACCCCCACACUUUACAUCAACUACAAAACGAUUCAGAAUUCUUGGAGUACGUCACAAUUUCAUGAAAGUUUCUUUUGGGCAUCAUAUUAUUAUGCAGUGUGCAGUGUGAGAGACAACUCUUUCAAUUCUUUUCUUUUCUAUGGCUGUAUGUUGUUUACCUUUUCUGUGCUGUGCUUGAAUUGAAGGUGGUAAUUAAAUUAUGUAUUUUUAAUUUCUGUGCUGUGCUGGCCUGGUUUUAUGCAUGUACAAUAAAACACCAAUGAUAUAUUCCUACGAAAUAAUAAUUUUUUUUUAUUUAAUGAAAAAA